GAGGACGCGAAAAACGGCAACCGACCGCUGCACAUCGCGGCGCAGAACGGGUUUACGCACGUCUGCAAGCUGCUAAUCGCGAAGCACGCGGAGAUCGACGCGACGAACGCGAAGAACAACACCGCGUUGCACAUGGCGCUCGGGUACGACUACGACGAGUGCGCGGAAUUUUUGGUCAACGCGGGCGCGGACCCGAUGAUCGUGAACGAGGAAGGG